CGCCCCGCCCGGCAUCACAGCGCCCCGCCCGGCAUCACAGCGCCCCGCCUGGCCUCACAGCACCCCGCCCGGCCUCACAGCACUCCGCCCGGCCUCACAGCACCCCGCCCGGCCUCACAGCACCCUGCCCGGCCUCACAGCACCCUGCCCGGCCUCACAGCACCCCGCCCGGCCUCACAGCACCCCGCCCGGCCUCACAGCACCCCGCCCGGCCUCACAGCACCCUGCCCGGCCUCACAGCACCCUGCCCGGCCUCACAGCACCCUGCCCGGCCUCACAGCACCCUGCCCGGCCUCACAGCCACCGCCCGGCCUCACAGCACCCCGCCCGGCCUCACAGCACCCCGCCCGGCCUCACAGCACCCCGCCCGGCCUCACAGCACCCCGCCCGGCCUCACAGCAUCCCGCCCGGCCUCACAGCACCCCGCCCGGCCUCACAGCACCCUGGCCCGGCCUCACAGCACACCGCCCGGCCUCACAGCACACCGCCCGGCCUCACAGCACCCUGCCCGGCCUCACAGCACCCCGCCCGGCAUCACAGCACCCCGCCCGGCCUCACAGCACCCCCCGCCCGGCCUCACAGCACCCCCCCUCGGCCUCACAGCACCCCCCCCGGCCUCACAGCACCCCCCCCGGCCUCACAGCACCCCCCCCGGCCUCACAGCACCCUGCCCGGCCUCACUGCACUCUGCCCGGCCUCACAGCACACCGCCCGGCAUCACAGCGCCCCGCCCGGCCUCACAGCACCCCGCCCGGCCUCACAGCACCCCGCCCGGCCUCACAGCACCCCGCCCGGCUUCACAGCACCCCGCCCGGCCUCACAGCACCCCGCCCGGCCUCACAGCACCCCGCCCGGCCUCACAGCACCCCGCCCGGCCUCACAGCACCCCGCCCGGCCUCACAGCACCCCGCCCGGCCUCACAGCACCCCGCCCGGCCUCACAGCACCCUGCCCGGCCUCACAGCACCCUGCCCGGCCUCACAGCACCCCGCCCGGCCUCACAGCCCACCGCCCGGCCUCACAGCACCGCCCGGCUUCACAGCACCCGCCCGGCCUCACAGCACCCCGCCCGGCCUCACAGCACACCCCUCCCGGCCUCACAGCACCCCGCCCGGCCUCACAGCACCCCGUCCGGCCUCACAGCACCCCGGCCGGCCUCACAGCAUCCAGGCCGGCCUCACAGCACACCGCCCGGCCUCACAGCACACCGCCCGGCCUCACAGCACACCGCCCGGCCUCACAGCACACCGCCCGGCCUCACAGCACACCGCCCGGCCUCACAGCACACCGCCCGGCCUCACCGCACCCCGCCCGGCCUCACCGCACCCCGCCCGGCCUCACCGCACCCCGCCCGGCAUCACAGCACACCGCCCGGCCUCACAGCACACCGCCCGGCCUCACAGCACACCGCCCGGCCUCACAGCACACCGCCCGGCCUCACAGCACACCGCCCGGCCUCACAGCACACCGCCCGGCCUCACAGCACACCGCCCGGCCUCACAGCACACCGCCCGGCCUCACAGCACACCGCCCGGCCUCACAGCACACCGCCCGGCCUCACAGCACACCGCCCGGGCCAUAA